AUGUCUUUGGAUAAAGUGAAACAUAUCGUUCUCGUGCUCUCCGGCAAAGGAGGCGUUGGAAAAUCCUCCGUCACAACCCAACUUGCGCUCUCUCUAUCUCUCGCCGGCUCCUCGGUCGGAAUCCUCGAUAUCGAUUUAACCGGACCCUCGAUCCCCCGUCUCUUCUCCCUCGAAUCUGCGAAAGUAACCCAAGCACCCGGCGGCUGGAUCCCCGUUCCCGUUCACCCCUCCAACCCCUCUUCUUCCAUCGGCGCCCUAUCAUGCAUGUCUCUUGGUUUCCUAUUACGAGAGCGAGGCGAUGCAGUUGUAUGGCGUGGACCAAAGAAAACUGCGAUGGUUCGACAAUUCCUCACGGAUGUUCUAUGGGGCGAACUCGAUUACUUACUUAUUGAUACCCCGCCUGGUACCUCGGAUGAACAUAUCUCGUUGGCGGAAACACUUCUCAAGAAUGCAUUUCCGGGUCAAGUCGCAGGUGCGGUUAUUGUGACGACGCCGCAGGCCGUGGCGACAGCAGAUGUGAGGAAGGAACUAAACUUCUGUAUGAAGACUGGGAUACAUGUCAUUGGGGUUGUGGAGAACAUGAGUGGAUUUGUGUGUCCGAAUUGCUCGGAGUGCACGAAUGUAUUCAACAGAGGAGGUGGAGAAGUUAUGGCCAAGGAUUUUGGGGUACAGUUCUUGGGACGGGUGCCCAUUGAUCCUCAAUUUGGAAUGCUGGUAGAGGCGGGAAGAAAACCAGUAUAUCCCGAGGGAACGCUGGUUAAUGGGAAAGAUAUGAGUAGUGUCCAAAACGGUGCUGACACUGCUGGGGACGACGGGCUGUUGGUGGAGAAGUAUCGGGAUUGCUCUCUAUGUCCAAUAUUCCAGGACAUUACCAAACAGGUCGUGGAUGCAGUGGAGAGGGGAACUUCGGAAGCAGCACCAAGUGCAUGA